AUGGAUGGAAACCCCUUUGGACAUUCUAUUACAUAUCGGGACGGAGGUUCCGUUAAAUUGUUAGACUAUAGUGAAGACAAGAAAAUCGUAUUGCGUGAUGAUGCGUUGGACAUCUUGCGUAGAAUACAAGAACCUGUCGCGAUUAUCUCGUUGGGUAACGUAGGACUUAACCGAGUUGUCAACCGUACGGAAGAAUUGAAGAUACCCCGCGUGGGAUGGGCAAAUGGCGGCUCAACUGGCAAGUCGGAUGAAUUUGGUAUUCACCAACAGAUGCUUGCGUUGUUUCAUUUGAAGGCUUAUUACGGAGCAACCGUGCACCUUAGGGCGCGACUGAUCACCCGAAGAAGCAAUCUUUAUAAUAAUGCAACCGUCAUACGGAAACUAACAACAAUAUCUAAUCAGCGAUUCAGAUCUGCGAACAACCUAGGCGAUAAAUUUUCAGACUUUUCAGUUUAUGGUUUGCCUCAUCCUGGAUUAUCUAGCCACCAGUUGAGGGAAUUACAUGAAAUCGAUACAUCCGAAUUCGACGAAGAAUUUAUUGAAGAAGUGACGUACGCGGUGAACGAAAUAUUGAACACAGUUCAACCAAAAUAUAUUGAUUCAAAUCCAGUUAAUGGUGAUGUUCUCGCAACAUUCCUCGAAUGCUGUGUCCAAACACUAAACGCGGGCGAUAAUCAAUUUGAUUUGAGUUUGUCUACCAACUACGAUAGUAUUGUCCAAUUUGCUGCCAGAAGGGCUGCGACGGAAGCUCUCGAUUGGUAUCGUUCGAUGAUGGUAGCGGAAUUAAAUGAAAGCGUACUACCCGUACCAUGGACUGUAUUCAAUAAUGUACAUGAGGAAUCAUUGCAUAAUGCUGAGAACUGCUUCAAUAACAGUCUUGUUGGAAAUGGAAUACAUCUGCUGAAGGCUUAUCAGGAGUUUAGAAGAGAUGUCGACACCUUUUUGACUAAGCUUCGAGGGCAAAAUUCGGAAUUGCUUUAUUCGUGUAAUCGGGAGACGGCUGUAUUACUCUGGGAUCAGUUAGUUACUUCUCAUUUGACGGCCGACGAUUUGUUUAUCUCUGUAGAAGUGUUGGAACAAGCCAUUGAUCGUUUUGAAGAACAGUACCUCGAUGCUAGAUUAGAUUGUCCCGAGGCUUCGCGAGUACUAGACGAAUUUAAGUCAAUUUAUUACAAUGCAGCCAGAAGAUUGUUCAACGAUCUAAAGACAUUCAGAGAGGUGGCUGAAGUAGAGAAACUGUUGACUAUAGAAGCACAAAAAGAUCGAGCCACAGCGCAGGCCGAACUACCAAAGAUAGCUGGUCGUAUGGAAGGGUUCGACGAGAUAUCGAGAAGACAAAAAGAGGAGGCAGACAGGUAUAGACAACAAGUUGAGGAUAUGGGGAGAAAGGUCGCGGAGCUAGAACAGCAAAUGCAGCGAAGGGAAGGUGAAUAUAAAGCGAUGAUAAAUAAUCUACAAAAUGAAUUGAGGAAUCGAUGA